AUGUUAGAUCAAAGGAGUCCGUCCACGACAGUUGCUCCUCUCCCAGAGUCCCAGGCCUACCUGCCGAGCCUGGUCGUAGACAAGACACUCACGGAAAGCGGGGUUUUCGGCGAAAGUGUUCUUCAGCUCCACUCACAAGACCCAGUUGAAGCGCGGACCGACGCGGAAAUCAUUAGCCCAGAGGCUACCGAGGGCUACCGAAGUCCGUGGCCCGAAGAAGUGUCCACUGACGGCGUGUGCCACCACCCGUACUGGCUUUGUUCCACCUGUCAGCAAAUCGACCUCGGCGUGCUAGGCAUGCGAGGGGACGGUAGCUGCGACAGUGACCGUGCAGUGCAGCUUGGUCACGGCCUCGGUGGGGUUAAAUCGGGCAGGGAAUCGUGCGACUUUUGCGACGUUAUAUGGAGGUCUUUGGGCUUCGGUAUUAAAAGGCUGGAAAGUGAUUUUCCAGAUGGAACUGGCUUGACUCUCGAGUUGGGGACCUUGAGUUACGAAAUGAGGGGUCUUGAUUCGGAUCAAACCAAUGCCCAUAGGAUGCAGAUGACAGGAAAAGGAUAUGGAAGAUCCGCGACCAAUGCGAUUCGGGCUUCAACACGGCUUUCUGGCGACUUGAUCCGUCUCGUCAAUGCAACUGAUGUCCAAAAGCCCUAUGCUGCUUUAAGUUAUUGCUGGGGCGACUCAAAUCACUCAUCAAGCCCUAUUACCACAAUUACGAGCAAAUUUGAUGAAUUUCAAAGAAAAUUACCUCUUUAG